UUGCGCUUGAGUUAAAUCUUGAACACACGUAGUCCAUUUCUUUGAUCUCUUAAACUAUUGCAACCAGUUCAAAAUGAGUAGAUUCGUUACUAGGUACAAAAUUCACUUAUGCUUUACCAAUGAAUUAGUUCAUUAUAGGGGUGGAAAAUUGUUACUAGGUUCCAUAAGGGAGGAUCUAGUUAAAUAUAUCACAUUUCUCUUGAUUGAUGUGAUCGUUUUGGUCUUUUCCUCUUCAACUAUGUGAUCUUUUAUUUAAGAUUUUUAUGCGACCCGAAAAUGCGCUGCUCACCUCGCUUCAGCCUUGUGACAUCGGGCUUAGACUCCAAUUUUAUAAGUUAUUCUUUAUGCACUGUGGCGAGUACUAUCAUGGGAAGUGUAUUCAAUUUUUAUUACGUCUACUUUUUUCUUGACGUAUACAAGGUUUCGCAUUCCUGCUUCCAAUUUUCCCAGAUGAUGUUUCUAGUCUGGAAUGCAAUCAACGAUCCGCUGUUCGGAUGGAUUCAGGACCAUGCUUCUGCAAAAUGGCUGCGUUCAAGACAACUAAAUAUACUAUAUGGUGCUCCGAUUUUCGCUCUAUCUUUUCUGUUUGGCUGGUUUCCCUUUUAUAAUUUACUAUCUCUCGACAGCGAAUACUGGAAGUGUGCACACCUGCUGAUCACGCUGUGCUUCUGGGACACUAUGUUUUCUUUUGUUCUUCUGGCGUACUGUUCGCUAUUUACGGAAGUUACAACAGAUCACACAUCGCGAGUGCGGCUCACGCAGUACACUAGAGUGGCUGGAAUUUGUGGCUGUUGGGCUGUCCCGUUGGUGGAAUACGGCUAUGAGGUUUAUCAUGAUACAGGGUUCUACCUAUGUCUAUUCUUCAUCGCGAUUAUGGCCACUGUUUUUAUGUGCUUGACUGGUUUGUUCACGAGAUCGAUCGUCGACAGAAACGAAGAGAAGAACAAAACUUCAUCGGAUGAGCCGAACUUCUUUUCAUGGCGCUUUGUGAAGAUCAAUUGUGAAAUUAUAUUCAGUCGCAAUUUCAUGUCAUUUGUCACCAUGAACUUUCUCUCCGUUGGAAUGUGUCACUUUGCAUCCAACUUCACCAAGAUUUUUACGGAAGAUUUGAGUUUAUUUCCGGACUCAAAAUUGAGUAAACUUCUGUUUUUCCUCAUUAAUUCUGUAGGCGGUAGUUUGUUCAUUCUUAUCCUGUCACCUUUCAUCAAGAGUUUCGGAUCGCAUAUCAUAGUAUGUCUUUCAUUUGUGCUGGUUCUUUUAUCGAGUGUUACGCUGUACUUCUUCCGUGGCGCUGCAGUGAUCAUAACUCAAAUUUUGGUGCUUAACAUUGUACCCUCUGGCAUGUUUGGAAUCUACAAUAUUCUGGUCUCCAGUGUAAUUGAAGAAGAUCAAAUCAAUCAUAAAAGAAUUUUGCCUCUUUCCUCAAUGGUGUUUGGCUUGAAUGCACUCUUGACCAAACCUGCGCAGUCGAUUUUCCCGAUGGUGGCAGCUUACUUUCUGGACAUGACAAAAAUUGAAGUUCAUUCUGAAGGCACGGAAAUAACAGAAACAGUGGAAACCCACGGACGAUAUCAGGAUGCCAUAGUGACUCUACUGUGUGUGUUGCCCAUUGUAACUGCAGUACUGCAGCUACUUGUGUUUGCCCCCUUCAGAAUGAGACACUACUCGAUUAAGAUCGGAAAAGAGAACGGCUCAAAGAGUUCUGUUCGAGGCGAGAGCAGUUUAUGAAACUCUCUACAAUUUAGCUACUAAGCAGGAAUUAAUUGUGCCAUUUUGUUUUUCAAUUGUUUGUAUCGAAUGUAUAUCCAUAUUUUACUCAGCUUACGGUGCUUAGAUUUUGUAAAAAUCAAAUGUUAGUAGGAUUACUUCAUAAUUAGAUAUGCAUUUGAAUUUUGUUUGUAAGUGGAA